AUGACCUGGUUGAACGUUCCCCUCAUCAACAACACCGAAUCAUUGGAUGUGAACAACUCCAACUCCACGGAAACGCUACAAGUAAGUUCAAAACAAAAUGAAAACUUUCCAUUUGACAUUUUUUUAUUUUUUUUUCUAGCGGAAGAAACCAAAAAAAAGUGGAAAUCGCUGCGGGAUGCAUUUGGCAAGGAGCUAAAAAAAGUUCCUGAAAAGCGAUCUGGAGAUGAAGCACCGUUAAAUUACGAAACUUACACCACCUGGCCGUAUUUCGAUUCGAUGCUUUUUCUGAAAGAUCAAAUGAGACCCCGAAAAUCCGGAGGAAACUUGCGAGUGGGAGACGCUGAAACGGUCGAGAACGAGGAUCUGCACGAAGGCGAGCCGGGGAUGAAUAGGAGUUAUCGGAAUGACGUGAUCGAUACUCCUGAAACACACGACAUCAAAUGCACCGACGAGACUAUCCCGCCGCCCCCACAUAAAUAUGGAAAGAGAGGAAGAGCACAACAGCAACUACUGGCUAUCGAAGCAAAAAAGCUGAAAUUAUUGGAGCAAAAGGUCCAGAAGGCAGUCGGUGGUGAUGACGAAGAUGAAGCGUUCUUCAAGAGCCUUCUGCCGCAUGUGCGAAAGCUGCCACCUGAGCAAAAGUUGCUAUUUCGCAUGGACGUUCAGAAAGCGGUGCACAAAUAUGUGUAUACAAAUAACGAAUUGCUUAAUAACCCGAACCGGACGGUAGAUUUGUUUACAGCUUCAAGUUCAGCUGAUGCGGUUGCGUACCAGCAUUCUACGCCGGUGCGAAAUUCAACUGCAUUCUUUGACACAGGACUUCGAACUCCUCCCGACACCCGAAUUUAUGAGUUGCCGCCUGAACAUAGUCAAGCUGAAGUGGUGGCUAUUCAAUUGGAAGGGCAACCACUGCAACGCUCUACAAUUAUUUCGUCCGCAAGAAAAUACUAUACAGUGAUUACUUCACCAAUUUCCAGCGCUGGAACUCAAAAUUAAAUCGAAC